CAACUUUCCCAAGUUUGUGCAUGAGAGGGAGAGGAGGAAAACUCAGAAGGAAGUGGCUUAGCCUCAACAAACUCUUUUUUACUCCCAAAGCCUUUUUCCUCUGACCCGGCUGAGACUGCUGCUCUAAGAGGAGACCCCCGACUCAGAGAGAACCCCCGCCUGCCGUCAGAGGCUGAAAGGGCCCUGCAAGCUUUUCUCGGUUCCUGUCUAUUCCAGCAGCCCCAGAGGCUCUGAAGCCCCUCCAUGAAUCCUCGGAAGAAGGUGGACCUCAAGCUCAUCAUCAUCGGAGCCCUGGGUGUUGGAAAGACUUCCCUCCUCCACCGAUUCGUGCACAAGACAUUUUACGAGGACUAUCAGACCACACUGGGAGCCAGUAUCCUCUCCAAGAUUAUCAUACUGGAUGACACAACUUUGAAGCUACAGAUCUGGGACACAGGAGGACAGGAGCGAUUCCGCUCCAUGGUGUCUACAUUCUACAAAGGCUCUGAUGGCUGCGUCCUGGCUUUUGAUGUCACUGACGUGGAGACCUUUGAAGCCCUGGAAACCUGGAGGGGUGAUGUUCUAGCCAAAACCAUUCCAAUGGAGCAGUCCUACCCCAUGGUGGUGCUGGGGAACAAGAUCGAUCUGGCAGACCGGCAGGUGCCACAGGAGGUAGCCCAAGACUGGUGUAAAGAGAAGGAUAUUCCCUAUUUUGAAGUCAGUGCCAAGAAUGACAUCAAUGUGGUACAAGCCUUCGAGAUGCUGGCCAGUCGGGCUCUGUCAAGGUAUCGAAGCGUCUUAGAGAAUUACCUCACAGACUCCAUCAAGCUCUCACCAGAAGGCCAGUCCAAGAGCAGCUGCUGCUGACCUUCCAGACUCCCGCUCUGCACACCCAGGGACAGAGCAUGCGCAAGGCCUGGUCAUCCUGGGCCCCCAACAGCCCCACUGCCCGCCGAAGCUCAGAUGGCAGUCCAGGCUCUGCGGCCAGAGCCCUGAAUCCCUCACAUCUGCGCGGGACCCAGAACCAGAGGGCGGCCCUGCCUCAGGCUGAGUGUAGAGAGGCCGGGGCUGGGCCCUUGAGCCUGGAUGAAACCCCGGAUGCCACAGCCAAACCCCAGAGGAGUCACGAUUCCCUCGUGGACUCCAGCUUUCUUGCCACACGCCCUUCCCAGCCACACCCCUGCUCCAGAACGCACAUCUCUGCAGACAGGCCGCUCUCUCUGGAGUCCUGUUAUAUUCUCCUACGGACUGGCCUUCCUCAGCCCAACCACCACACCCCCCAAGAGCCACAGCACAGCUUUGGACAAGGGUACAGCUCAGGCUCCCUCGUAACCGGGGCCAGGGAGUGAGGGUCUACCUCAACCCCUGGCAGCAGCUGUUCAGACCGGGGGCACUCCCGUUUGUCCCCUCCAGAAUGCAGGACUGAGGGAGCGCAGGAGAAACCCACCGGGGACUGGUGCAUUUCUCCCUGCUGGUGCUCAGGCAACUCCCAUAACUCUCUUUGAGCUUCAGCUUAUUCAUCUGUCAAAUGGGAGUCACAUGUGCCCUGCCCACAUCAGUGUGGUUUUGAGGACCAGAACCUCUGCUUGAAUCUCAGUUGCUCUUGUUGAGAUACAUUUACUAUUCUUUCAACAAGUAUUUUUGAGUAUCUACUAUGUACAAUGCAUUGAGGUCCAGUGACAAAUGUAACCAACCUUGCUCUCCUGGAUCCGACAUUCUGGCGAGGGAGAGAGGCAGGAAACACAGAAUUUAAACAGGUAUUUUCAAAUAGCAGGUAAGUGCUUGAACAAAGUGAAACAAGGUAAUGGGAUAGAGAGGGACAGUUGGGUGCUGUUUCAGACGAAGUAGUCCAUGAAGGCUUCCCUGGGGAGGUGACAUUGGCUCAAAGGCUAGAGAAUGAGAAAGGGGCUGCCACCUGAACUUGACAAAGAACAUUCUGAGGAGAGGUUGCAUCAAGGACAAAGGCCCCAGAUCGAGGACAAACUUGUGUUCCAGGAACAGUAAAAAGAUUAAUUUAUCUGAGGACUCAAGAUUUUGGAUCAUCUUUACUGUCAUUAUUCUGAAUUAUUUUUCAGGUUUCACCCUCAACAACCAGGUACAGCAGACCAUCACCAUGCAGUAUGCAUGCAGCAAACUUGGCAUCGACUUUGACAGCUUCCUUGCUUGUAUGAUCCGCCUGGAGACCCUCUUCAAACUGUUCAGCCUUCUGGACAAGGACCAGAAUGGCAUUGUCCGGCUCUCUCUGGCAGAGGUGACUUGGGAAAUUGCCUCUCUCAGCUUCAGUUUCCUCAACUCUCAAAUGGGACUAAUAAUACCUACCACAUAGACGGUUGGGAGGACGAAAAGAGAUCAUCUCCUGGAGCGAUUAGCAUCGUGCCUGGAAUGAGGAAGGAAUCACUAGGUUCCUAGUGGAGGAGUCCAGGAAGAAGAACAAGACUGACAACAACCAUAGCUAUCACUUUCCAGAACUUCCUGAGCCACAGACUUCACAUACAUUAUCUUGUUCAUCUCAUAGCAAUCCAGUGAGGUGGGGACCAUCCUUAUGCCCAUUUUCCAGUGGGGGAAACUGAGUCUCACAGUGGUUACGUCCCGCGUGGACAGUCUGUCAGCUGGUGAGUGGCAGAGCCGGCAUUUAAACCCCACACCGUUUGGCUCCACAUCCCACGCUUUCCCUCCUUACUGCACACUGCAUCCCUGGGCCCCUUCCAGCCGCUAGCCCCCCGCCCAAGGGGAGCCACUCUCCUGACUUCCACAGCAGAGGUGAGUCCUUCUGUAUUUGUACUUUAUGUAAAUGGCAUCAUGCAGUGUGUGCUCUUUGGUGUCUGGCUUCUUUCACUCAACAUCAAGUUUGUGAGAUUCACCCAUGUUGUUGAGUAUGGCUGUUGAUCAUUGGUAUGCUCUUGGCCGUACAGAAUUCCGUUGUGUGACUACGCUUCAGUUUAUGUAUCCAUUCUAUUAUUGAUGGACUUUGAAUUGUUUCUUUUUCUUGGCUAUUACACAAAGCUGUAUUAUGCAUAUAUAAACUUUUAAGGUUGUAGAUAAAAGAAUCUAUAUAGACAACAUAUCAUCUGUGGAUAAUGAGAAUUUUAAGUUUUUUUUUCCCCUUUCCAAACCUUAUAUGUUUUCUUUCUUUUCUUUUUUCUUCCUGAUUUUAAAAGCCUUCACUGUUUCACCAUUAAAAAUAAUUUUGUGUAGGUUUUGGUUAGACUUCCCUCAUCAGAUUAAGGAAAUCCCUUUCGAUUCUGAGCUAGUUAAUUUUUUAAAUCAUAAAUAGAUAUUUUGAAUUUCAUCGAAUGUGUUUUCUCUGUCUUUUGAAAUAACCAUAUUGUUUUGUUCUUGUAAUGCUAAUGGUGUGAAAGAUAAUUACAGAUUUUCUGAAGUUAAACCUUACAUUCCUGGAAUAAACUCAGCUGAGUCAUGAUGUGUUAUUUUUUUUCAUAAAGUGCAGGAUUUAUUUUGCUAAUAUUUGUGUAGGAUUACUCUCUAUGUUCCUAAAUGAAGUUUCCCUAUGAUUUUUCUUUAUUAUAUUUUUCCAGUUUUAGCAUCAAAGGUAGAGUGGACUCAUAGACUGAAUUAGGGAAUAUUCUUUUUCUUUUUUCUUCAAAGAAUUUGCAUAAUAUUAGAAUGAUAUGUUCCAUGAACACUUGGUAGAAUUUACUUGUAAAAUCAUCUGUGCCUGGUGAUUAUUUGUAGGAAAAUUAAACAAUUGAUUCACUUGUUUUGAUGGUUAUGAGCUAUUUCUAUUUGAGUUGGUUAUUUUUCAAAGAAUGUGCUCAUUUCUUCUAAGUUAAUGCAUCUUUAUGCAUUCUUUGGCAUGUAGUUUUUUAUAGUACUCUCUUAUCUUCUUAGUCUCUGAUGGAUCUCUCAUUAUAUCCCUUUUUAUUGUUAAUAUUAUUUGUGCAUUUCUCUUUCUUGCACAAUUCUCCUAGAGGCUUGCCUAUUUUAUUCGCGUUUUCUAAGAACCAACUUUAGGUUUUUGUAAAUCUUUGUUUUCUAUUUCAUUAAUUUCGACACCUAAAGUUAUUUUUCUUUAAAUUUAUUCUGUUGUUCUUUUUCUAAUUUCUUAAGUUGGGUACUUAGCUCAUUAAUUUUCAGCCUUGCCUCUCUUAUACGAAUAAGCAUUUAAGUCUCUACAUUUCUCUCAUUUCUCUCGUAGUAUCUUUUUUAUUGCAUUCCAGAAGCCUUGGUAUGUUGUAUUUUCAUUAUUGUUUAGUUCUAAAUAUAUUUAAAUUUCUCGGGGUCUUUUAUCCAAAAGGUAUUUAAAAGUGAGAUUUAAAAGUUCUAAGCAUAUGUUUUUGAGGUCUAAAUUAAUUGCACUGUGGUUGGAAAACUUGGUCCAUAUGAUAAGGGAUAUUUGAAAAUUUUAACCCUUCUUCUAUUCCAUGGUUAGUCUUUGUAAAUAUUGUCAUAUGGAAUCUAUAUAUGUUUGAUAAAUCAAACGAUAAUUGCAUUUUUAUAUUUUUACUAAUUUUUUGUCCUAUCAAUAAAUAAAAGAUGUACCUUGAACAUUG